AUGGGUGCCGACUACUACAAGACCUUGGGCAUUUCCCGGGAUGCUGGGGAAGAUGAAAUCAAGAAGGCAUACAAGAAAAUGGCUCUAAAAUGGCAUCCAGACCGCAAUGGAGGGUCUGAAGAAGCCUCAAAGAAGUUUAAGGAGAUUUCAGAAGCAUUUGAAGUCCUCAGUGACAAGAACAAGCGAACCAUAUACGACCAAGUUGGUGAAGAAGGUCUCAAAGGCGCAGGGUCUGCGCCUGGUGCUGGAUUCCCUGGUUUCGCUGGUGGCUCAGGCUUCCCAGGGGGGGCCACAUUCACUUUCACAUCCAGCCCCGGUGGUGGUGGGGGCGGUGCGUUUGCGCCAAGUGACCCACAAAAAAUAUUUGAACAAAUAUUCAGCCAAUUUGGCGGUUUCGGGGGUGGCUCUGGAGGUAUGGGAGGUAUGGGCGGUUCACCAAUAUUCGGUGGCAUGGGCGGUCCUUCAAGUUUUGGUGGCAGGAGUGGUGGCAGGAGUGGUACGAGUGGCAUAGGCAGAAGUCCAAACAUUUUUGAUGAUGAUGAUAUAGGUGGUGGCGGGUCUUUCUUUGGAAUUCCGGGGGGCAUGCCAUCGGAGCGACCAUCUCCUAGACAUCAAUCAUCUACGUCAACGUCAACCUCGACCCCAGCACCUUCAGAAACCGUUCGCCCACUGAAACUCUCACUUGAAGAAUUAUUUUCGGGUACGACUAAACACCUGAAGGUCGGCCGACGACUGGCGGGGGGCUCUACGGAGGAGAAGGUGCUUGAAAUACAAGUUCUCCCGGGAUGGAAGAGCGGCACAAAGAUACGGUUUCCUCGAGCCGGGAAUGAGCAGCCGAACGGCGAGGCGCAAGAUCUAAUACCCUUGGUGGACGCACUCACAGGCGCAGACGGAAAGAAGACCAUCAUGGCUCUGGACGGCCGGAAAUUGCAAAUCCCUCUGCCUGGUGGCGUAGUGAAACCAAAUCAGGAGACAAGAAUUCCGAACGAAGGGAUGCCGAUUAGAAAACAGGGCAGCACGAAGAAGAGAGGAGACAUUAUAGUGCGGUGGGAUAUCGUAUUUCCAGACCGUCUUACGCCCUCACAGAAAGAGGGGCUGAGGAAGUUAUUGGGGUAA